AUGUCUAAACAAGGCACCGUUGUCGAGCAAAAGCAACUCUUCCUCCAAACACGAAAACAGCUACUGUCGCGAGGCAUCGCGCCCUCAGAACGCCUGCGCACCAUUGCAAAUGAAGGCGGCAUCGAGCUAAGCGUCCUGAAAGGCGUGUUGGACAAAGUCAACCGCGACCUCAAACAGCACUCGCGAAUUGUAUACAGUCGGCAAAUGCUAGAACACGUUGUCUCCCAAAUCGAUGACUUGUACUGGGAUUCCGGGGCUCUGCAACACCUCGAAGAGGAAGAUGGGGAUGCAGGGACAGAUGCAGACGACGAUGGACAUACGGUAUACCAAACCGAUGAUCUCACACAAGACGAGUGCAUUGCGCGCCUACCUACCGUCUUCCCACAGUCUUCCAACCCACACCAUGACGACGACAAUACCGAUGUAGAGAUCAGCAGAGAUGACUACACGACCGCGCUAUCACGCCUUCAAGCCCUCUCCGCGCGCCGCCAAACACUGCAGAACUCUCUCAAUACAAGCCGCAUGUUGCUGGAGCUGCUGGAGCCGUAUAAAACACCAAAGGAAAGCGUACAGCCAAAUCUCGUGUGGAAGGAUGCGCCGCUGGGGGCGGAGUUGGGCAAGACAAGGAGUCUGGCGAUUAGAGUCGCGGGGAGAGUCGCGGAGAGGUUCGGGGAUGUACAGGUCCCUGCUACUGCGGAGGAGGACGGGGAUGGGGAUGUGGAUAUGAGGGGGUUUGGGGGCAGGGACGAGGGGAGGAGGAAGGUGGAUGAGGUGCUUUCUGGGUGGUAA